AUGGCCAAAACAUAUGAUUACUUAUUUAAGGUAAGAGUUUUGAAGGGGAUUUUCGAUAAAUUUGAGUUUUUAGCUACUUUUAAUUGGUGAUAGCGGUGUUGGAAAAACUUGCGUGCUUUUCCGUUUUUCGGAUGAUUCUUUCAAUAAUUCGUUUAUUUCUACAAUUGGAAUCGAUUUCAAGAUCAGAACAAUUGAAUUGGACGGAAAGAAAAUAAAGCUUCAAAUAUGGUAAGUUUCUUUCUGUUUGAGAGAAUUUUGAAUUGAAAUAUCAAAUGAAAACUUUGUAGGGAUACCGCUGGUCAAGAGAGAUUCCGAACAAUCACAACUGCUUAUUAUCGUGGAGCAAUGGGUAUUAUUUUGGUGUAUGAUAUCACAAAUGAGCGGUCUUUUGAGAACAUCAAAAAUUGGAUUAGAAAUAUUGAAGAGCAUGCUGCGCAAGAUGUUGAAGAGAAUGAUAAUUGGAAAUAAAUGUGAUAUUGAAGAGCGUCGCGAGGUUUCAAGAGAACGUGGAGAGCAAUUGGCAAUCGAAUAUGGCACAAAAUUCAUGGAGACUUCGGCAAAAGCAAAUUUGAAUGUUGAUGACGCGUUUUUCACAUUGGCUAGAGACAUAAAAAAUAAGAUGGAAAUCAAUGAAAUGCGAAGUGGUGGAACAAAUUCGAAUUCUGGCCGAGUUAAUGUGAAUGGCGCCGGACAAAAGAAGAGCUUUUUCAGUAACUGGAGUUGUAAUUUGUUGUAA